AUGUCUCUAAAUAACACAGAAUUUCACCCUGCAUUCUUCCUGUUGCUUGGGAUCCCGGGACUGGAAGCUGUACAUCUCUGGAUGGGUUUCCCUUUUGGUGCUGUAUAUGUAAUUGCACUCAUGGGGAACAUUACCAUCCUCUUUGUGAUCCAGAAGGAUCGAAGCCUUCAUCAGCCCAUGUUUUAUUUCCUGGCCAUUUUGGCCACCAUUGACCUAGGCCUAUCCACAACUACAAUUCCCAAGAUGAUGGGAAUCUUCUGGUUCAGUCUAAAGGAGAUUGCUUUUGGAGGAUGCCUGACUCAGAUGUUCUUCAUCCACUUCUUCACAGUCAUGGAAAGCAUUGUGUUAGUGGCUAUGUCCUUUGAUCGAUAUGUUGCCAUCUGCAACCCCCUCCGGUACAACACAAUCCUUACCAAUAAAAUCAUUGGCCUCAUUGCAGAGUUGGCUGUCCUGAGAAGUCUGUGCAUGGUGACUCCAUUAGUAUUUCUCUUACUGAGACUUCCAUUCUGUGGAAAACAUAUCAUUUCUCAUACCUACUGUGAGCACAUGGGUAUUGCCCGGCUGGCUUGUGCCAACAUCAGGGUCAACAUUAUAUUUGGGCUGGGAAAUAUUUCUGUCUUAUUAUUGGAUGUAGUUCUGAUUGCAGUCUCUUAUGUGAGAAUCCUCCAUGCUGUCUUCCGCCUUCCAUCACGGGACGCCCGUCUGAAAGCCCUUAGUACCUGUGGUUCUCAUGUCUGUGUCAUCUUGUCCUUUUUUACCCCUGCAUUUUUUUCCUUCCUCACCCACCGCUUUGGCCACAACAUCCCUUAUUAUAUUCACAUCCUUCUGGCAAAUCUCUAUGUGGUUGUCCCACCGGCUCUCAACCCUGUCAUUUAUGGGAUUAGGACUAAACAGAUUCGUGAGAAAGUGAUGAAUAUCUUCCUGAAAAAAGAGUGA